AUUUCUGAAAGCAUUAAAUUCAUUAUUUCAAAGAUAAUAUGAUAAAUUAUCUCUAUAAUUUAUUAUUUUUUAACUCGUAUCUCAAUUGAAUAGGGGACCACUACUGAUGGACGCAGGAAAUAACAAAUAAAAAUAUAUUUAUUCGAUUAUUAUUUUGGUGAGCUGUAGUGAAAUUGAGUUGGGCCGAUAUCUAAUGACAGCCCACAUUAAUUUAAGCCCAAAUAUGAAAGAGGUUUAUGUCUCUGUCUUUAAUAACCCUCUCAUUAGUUGCUCUGUUUGCUGUUUUGAGGUUUGAACACUCACUUCAACCUCCGUUAAUUAUAUUCAAAGCUGAAAAAAGGAACCAAUAAAAUCAUAUAAUUCAGUUUAGCCAAAAUGACAGAGGAAUUUAAUGCUGAAAGAAGCAGAGGCUCGUCAAAUAACUUCAGGACUUUGCAAAUUACACCCCUUGACGAGGAAGAUCAAGAAGAGGCUCAAAUUGAUAACAGUGGAGAUGUUGAUUCAUAUGAUGAUGAUGAGGAGGAGGAGGAGGAUGAAGACAAAGAACCUGUGGGGUUAGGGGUUCUUGAAAAACCUGAGUAUUCAUGGUCACUGCAACGUGAGCUAUUUCCAAGCAAAGCUGGGGGUACUCCUGCUUGGUUGGAUCCAGUUAACUUGCCAACAGGGAGAUCAUGUCUUUGUGAUUUCUGUAUCAAGCCUUUGCAGUUCAUGCUUCAGGUUUACGCACCACUCACUGAGAAGGAUUCGACUUUUCACCGCACUUUAUUUAUCUUCAUGUGUACAUCAAUGUCCUGUCUCCUUAAAGAUCAACAUGAGCAGUGGAAAAGGAACCAAGACAAAUCAUCCAGGAGUGUCAAGGUCUUCCGCUGCCAAUUGCCUCGUUAUAACUCUUUUUACUCCAGUGAGCCCCCUAAAAACAAUGGGAAAGAUAAACCUUCUAGCGCUGGAGCUGUUCUUUGUGGCUGGUGUGGUACCUGGAGAGGAGAUAAAGUAUGUGGUAGUUGCCGAAGAGUACAUUACUGCUCUGAGAAUCACCAGGCUGUCCAUUGGAAAUCUGGUCAUAAAAGAUGCUGCUUACCCUCGAGCAUUUCUCAGGAUGCAUCUGAACCUAGUAAUAAUAGAACUCUUAGGAAGGUGCAAGAAGUUGCAAGCAACGGUCUCUGGCCAGAAUAUGAGAUUGCAAUUACUGAUGAAUGUGAGGAUAAGGUUUCUGAUGAUAAUGGACAAGUGAACUCGUUGAUCUCUUCUAGCCGAGUGGAUGAAUCAAUUGAGGCACUUAUGGACAGUUUUGGGGGGGAAGAUGAUAAGAAGAGUUGGGCAUCUUUCCAGGAGAGGAUAUCUCGAACCCCCGAGCAAGUAUUAAGGUAUUACAGAGAUGCUGGCGCAAAACCAUUAUGGCCAACGUCAAGUGGCCAGCCAUCAAAGGCUGACAUACCUAAGUGCACCUAUUGCGGCGGCCGCAGGACUUUUGAGUUUCAGGUUUUACCACAAAUACUCUAUUAUUUUGGUGUGGAAAAUGAUGCGCAUUCUCUUGACUGGGCUACUAUUGCUGUGUACACCUGUGAAUCGUCGUGUGAUGGAAAUGUAGCUUACAAGGAGGAGUUUGCUUGGGUUCAAAUUGCAUCUCAAUAUAGCACAACGCAAAGAUGAGACAUGCAGUGCAUGGUUUGAAACAAGAUGGUGGAUAAUGGACCCGCCCUCUACCCUUCACUUAAAUACCAAACUUCUGGUUUGCCGUGAGAUUCGACUUGUGACCGUGUGCCUAACCUGCAUGUCACGUGUUGAGCUAAAAUUUUGUUUUCCUUAUUUUCUUAAAUCAUUUGGAAUCUCCUUGUUAGUUUGCAGAAAUUUUGCAUUACAACGUCAGUUGCGAAUCUCUUCUUGUAAUAUUAUGCUUUUCUCACUAAUAAAAGGUGUUCAGCGGUUAAAUUGGCA